ACUAAUUCCAUAAUCAUACGGAGGAAACUGUUCAGGAAUGGCUCAUUUCACAUCCAGGACAAUUCUUCAAGCUUCAUGGAUGCUUAGAUCCAUGAAUCGCAUUUCCAGACAAGAUGCAUUAAAAUCGAUAGCAACAAUGAAAAAUUCACACCAAACAUGUCUGAUCAGUAAAAGCACAGGGCCUUCGGGAGUCUUCACCACUAGCUCACGUUUGUAUAGCCAGCUGCCAACAACGGUACCUCAAAAGGAUGCAAAUGACCCGAGGGAAGCUGGGAAUAAUGAUGGAACCGAAAGCGAGGCACCAAGAACCCUUUCCUAUUCCCCCUAUGGCGGAAGGUUUGGUGUUCCGGAACAGCCCAUCAGUACUAAAUCCAAAGCCCUUACCCAAGCCAAAUCAAAGAAAUCCCCGUUUGCAAAGGCUAAAGAGGGGAUGAAGAGUAAAGUGAGUGACUGGGGUGAUAAGGAAAAAAACUUGGAAAAACGGAAGGAACUGCUCCAUGAUUUCCAGUCAGGCUACUUUGCUGAGCUUAGUGAGCUUAAUAGGACGGGAUCCAAACUGUGGAAGGGAACUCCAAAUAUGAUUUCUGCUGAUAAAGCAUUGUAUAUGCCUAAUAUCACUGGUACUUCACUAAAGACAUCCAAGCCAGUGGAACUUGUUGAUCUCUUACAUGGAAAGGUCUCUUUGGUGGCCAUUUCAGGGACACGUUUUGGUGAAGAGCAGCUGGAGACAUUUGUGAAACCCUUUUUGGAGAAAUGGCCGAUGGGUAUGGCAAAUUCUAAAGUUCAACUUGUUGAGCUCAAUAUACAAGAAAACCCACUAAAGGCAGGGUUGGUUCGCAUGAUGGUCCCAUUCGUGAGGAAAAGUAUUCCUGAAGAACGACAUGCCACUUAUAUGUUACAUUAUAAGUCCAUCAAACAUCUGAAGGGUCCGCUAAGCAUGCCAAAUUCGUAUCUUGGUUAUGUGUUCCUUGUUGAUGGCAAUUGUAAAAUUCGAUGGGGCGCACAUGGCAAGGCCACCGAAGAGGAGCUUCAAACACUCCUUGAUAGCGUGCAGCGACUGUCAGAACGUGGAGGGAAAUAGAUACAACCAUCUUUUAUUUUUAUCUUGUAGACUAAAAUAACCAGUUAAAGAAAGUGCAUUUCGUUCAACUUGAGAAUUGUGAAGACUUUCAGGUUCAUAAAAUAAGGGAGGGGAAACCUGAAUUGAAACCUUUCCAAUCUGCACGUGCGCACGGACC